AUGGAGAAGCCGUCUUCAGAGAAAAUUGCACAGUUUGCGAAAGUCGUCGAGUUUUGUUUGAAGACCUGCAAUCUUGACGGGGAUCCCGAUUUGCGCGCUAAGUUUCUACCCCAUUUGCUAUAUUCAAUAUUAAAUAAACUCCACGACGAUGAGAAGCUCGUAUUGAUCGAAAUUGAUGCACUGCUUCAAAUUACGAGUGUCUGCAGCAACUUAUUGGAGGAAAUAUCGCAAAGUGGUGCUGUGGAAGCAAAAAUGCCUAAUGGAGAUAUAUCGGAAACAUCCUCGAAUUCCAGCCCCAAGAAAGUUGCUAACGUCAAUGCUGUAGUAACCGACGCUAUCGAGAAAGACAUAAGUGAAAUUCUAGAGCAAGAGCUUAUGGAGUCUUGCGUAAACGAAUGUCUUCUGCUGCUGGCUAGCGUUUGCCGUGUGUACGUUGCCAGACGCACAGCCAUGCGAUUUCCACUUCUCAUCGACGUAUGCAAACUGACAUCGCAGUUCCUCGAUUAUCCACUCUACUGUUUCCUGCUCGAUCAUCAGGAUGAUGAAGAAGUACCUGGUUGGCUUGUGGACGUGCUGAAGGUCAUUGAUGCAGACAGUUGGAUUCAGGAAAUGAGCUCCUCUCAGCAGACAAUGGACACAACUGAUUUAUCUGCGAGGACAGCAGUUUUAGACCUCGUUCUUUCCAUAUAUACGAAAUGUGCUUCUGUGUUGUCUCAACACGAGGCGAUUCGUGGCAGAAUGGCAGAGUGUCAGGCUGCUGUGAUAGAAUCCGAAGACAAUCCGACCACUGUUUUGCUGAAGCCGUUACUUUUUUCCACUCAGUUGAACAAGCUUGAGAGAGACGGGUUUUUCGAGAACUGCGGAUACGCCGUAUGGCAUGGACUUGGCCUGCCUUGGUGUACAUAUGAACAUGCAAGAAUGUCACGUUUGAUGGCCAUCUUACAUUCGAGGAAGCCUAACGAGCCGAGCAGCGACAUGGAGAACAUCAUCGUUUCAGCUCUCACUAGCAGUGAUCCGGUAUGUCUAUAUAUCAUUAGUUCUGUGAAAUUAGUUUGUUUUCUCUUUGUACUAAGAACAUCAUACCUGUUGCCUAGUCUUUCAUUAUCCAUUGGGUAUCAAUAAGG